AUGGAGGUGGAACUGAAGGAGAUGCUUAACGACCUCGAAUCUCUGAAGAGAUCGCUAACUGAUCCUUCUCAUCAUGCUCCAAUCGAUCAGCUACAAUUGCGUGUAGAACGCCUUACUAGUCUUGCAAGUUCUGGACCUGUUCGACGUUCGAAAGUAAAGGAUAUGAGUGCCGAGGUGGUAGAUAGCAAUCCCUACAGUAGGCUUAUGGCACUUCAGAGGAUGGGUAUUGUGGAAAACUAUGAAAGAAUACGGGACUUCUCAGUUGCCAUUGUUGGAGUAGGUGGUGUAGGAAGCGUAGCAGCUGAAAUGCUAACAAGAUGUGGUAUUGGUCGCCUUUUGUUGUAUGAUUAUGACAAAGUAGAGUUAGCUAACAUGAAUAGGUUAUUCUUUCGACCAGAGCAGAGCGGUAUGACAAAAACAGAUGCUGCUGUACAGACCCUUUCAGACAUAAAUCCUGAUGUUGUGCUUGAGAGCUAUACACUGAACAUCACAACAGUGCAAGGUUUUGAUACCUUUAUGUCCAGUUUAAAAGAUAAAUCAUUCCGCCCAAAUAAAGAAGGCAGUGGAGUGGACCUUGUGUUAAGCUGUGUUGAUAAUUAUGAAGCAAGAAUGGCUGUUAAUCAGGCUUGCAAUGAACUGAAUCAGACAUGGAUGGAGUCUGGUGUGUCUGAGGAUGCUGUUUCAGGCCAUAUUCAGUUGCUGAUUCCUGGUGAAACUGCCUGUUUUGCAUGUGCACCACCUUUGGUUGUAGCAUCUGGAGUGGAUGAACGUACACUUAAGCGGGAAGGGGUUUGUGCUGCAUCUUUACCUACUACUAUGGGAGUUGUUGCUGGGCUUCUAGUCCAAAAUACACUAAAAUACUUGCUGAACUUCGGAAACGUCUCCCCAUACUUGGGAUAUAAUUCUCUUAAAGACUUCUUCCCAACCAUGGAAAUGAAGCCAAACCCUCAGUGUUCAAAUUUUGCUUGUCUAGAACGGCAGAAAGAAUUCUUGCUUGUAAAGCCAGCUAGGGAUGCUGCACUUAAAGCAAAGAUGGAAGCUGAAGCAUCAUCAUCAGUUACAGAAUGUCCACUUCAUCUUGAUAAUGAAUGGGAAAAUAAGGGCAGGGCGGGACAUUGGGGAUAUUUUCUCACUUGCAUUGUCGUUGAUGAUAGCGAGCCGGAUAGGAUAGAGGCCAAAAGUGCAGAUGCUCUGCCGGAAGGUCUUGUUCGCGAGCUUCCCAAUGCAGAUGAGUUCCCAAAAUCGCCUACUGAAGCUGCGGAUGCUACUAUUGAUGACCUAGAAGAUCUCCGGAAGCAACUCGAGGCCCUCAAUUCUUAA